AUGCCGACUCGAACCGUGCCUGCAGGCGGUGAUGGGGUUAAGUUCCUGUAAGUGCAAUAUCUCGCAUGGCGUGAGACUGGGAAUCCGGUCAUCUCCGCUCCUCGCCGACUUUCCACCUACAACCGGAGCGGGCUGGCACCAAGAUGAGGGCAAUAGAGAGGCAGCGGGCAAGGACCAGGCUGAGGGCAAGUACCAGCCAGAGGGCAACAAAAGGCAGAUGGCAAGGACCAGGCAGAGGUCAAGGACAAGUCAGAGGGCAACAACAGGCAAAGGGCAAGGACCAGGCUGAGGGCAACAAAAGGCAGAUUGCAAGGACCAGGCAUAGGGCAAGGACAAGUCAGAGGGCAACAACAGGCAGAGGGCAAGGACCGAGCAGAGGGCAACAACAGGUAGAGGACAAGGACAAAGGGCAAGGACCAGGCAGAGGACAGCACCAGGCAGAGGGUAAAAACUAGACAGAGUGCAAGGACCAGACAGUCCCUGGUUUAGCCAUGUGUGAGCCUUUGUACUUGUGGCUUGAAGGUAAUCACACUGCACUAUUACUGUAUAUAAGAUGCUGACAUUACAUGUGUGGAUGUUGUAAAUUUGAAACACUAAUAGGUACUAGCAGACAGUAACACAACCCAUCAGAAACUGAGACAAUAGUGAGUUGUAGUGGUGAUAUUGUGUAUAGUUAUUUAUACACUGUGAUUUGUAUAUUAGUGACACUGUGUAUAUAGUGAGUUGUAGUAGUGAUACUGCAUAUAGUGAGUUGUAGUGAUGACACUGCAUAUAGUGAGUUGUAGUGGUGACACUGUAAAUUUAGUGAGUUGUAGUAGUGACACUGUAUACUUUAUAUACAUAGUGUCACUACUACAAUUGACUAAAUUACAAUUAAUAACACUGAACAAAUUGAGCAGCAGCAAGCUGUGUUACUGUAUAUAUAAAGUAUUGGCAGACACUGACACUGUGUAUAUAAAGUAUUGGCAGGCAGUGACACUGUAUAUAUAAAGUAUUGGCAGACAGUGACACUGUGUAUAUAAAGUAUUGGCAGACAGUGACACUGUAUAUAUAAAGUAUUGACAGACAGUGACACACACUGUGUAUAUAAAGUAUUGGCAGACAGUGACACUGUGUAUAUAAAGUAUUGACAGACAGUGACACUGUAUAUAAAGUUAUUGUCAGGCAGUGACACUGUGUAUAUAAAGUAUUGUCAGGCAGUGACACUGUAUAUAUAAAGUAUUGACAGACAGUGACACUGUGUAUAUAAAGGACUGGUAGGCAGUGACACUGUAUAUAUAAAGUAUUGGCAGACACUGACACUGUGUAUAUAAAGUAUUGGUAGGCAGUGAAACUGUAUAUAUAAAGUAUUGGCAGGCAGUGACACUGUGUAUAUAAAGUAUUGGCAGACACUGACACUGUGUAUAUAAAGUAUUGGUAGGCAGUGACACUGUAUAUAUAAAGUAUUGGCAGUCACUGACACUGUGUAUAUAAAUUAUUGACAGAUAGUGACACUGUAUAUAAAGUACUGGUAGGCAGUGACACUGUAUAUAUAAAGUAUUGACAGAUAGUGACACUGUAUAUAAAGUACUGGUAGGCAGUGACACUGUAUAUAUAAAGUAUUGACAGAUAGUGACACUAUGUAUAUAAAGUAUUGGCAGACAGUGACACACACUGUGUAUAUAAAGUACUGGUAGGCAGUGACACUGUAUAUAUAAAGUAUUGACAGACAGUGACACUGUAUAUAAAGUUAUUGUCAGGCAGUGACACUGUGUAUAUAAAGUAUUGGCAGACAGUGACACUGUGUAUAUAAAGUAUUGACAGACAGUGACACUGUAUAUAAAGUACUGGUAGGCAGUGACACUGUAUAUAUAAAGUAUUGACAGAUAGUGACACUGUAUAUAAAGUACUGGUAGGCAGUGACACUGUAUAUAUAAAGUAUUGACAGAUAGUGACACUGUAUAUAAAGUACUGGUAGGCAGUGACACUGUAUAUAUAAAGUAUUGACAGACAGUGACACUGUAUAUAGAAAGUAUUGUCAAUGAAACUAUGUACAUUCAAUGAUAGCGGUAUAGUGUUAUUGUGUAUAUUAAGUGACAACAGGUAGUAUUACUUAUAAAGAGAUAUAUUUACUAAAAAUACGAAGUGUAGUGAAUAGAAAUGAUUAAAAAAAAAAUUCAGGAAAACUUAAUCGAGCCGUGAUACUGAUUUUAUCUUGGUUGGAGAAUUUUGCACAUCAGCUAUUUUAUCUUAAAUGUUACUGUUCUCAUUUUAAUUUGCUGCGAGUUUAGUGAAUUAAACCCACAGUGAUAGCAUGUAGUGUUACUGUGUGUCUAUAAAGAGAUGGAAUGUAGUGUUACUGUGUGUAUGAGGAUGUGAUAAUGUCUGUUAGUGUGGGAUUUAUUACUAAACUGGAUAUUUUUUUUGUAAGAGACGUUGGGCCAAAAUAACCAAACUGGAACGGUAACUCAUAUGGAAACUUUUCCCAGUUUGGACAUUUCCUUGUAAUUUCUUUAAAUUCCAGGUUUAAUGAAUAAAUCACUGUACAUAGUGUUAUUAUAAAUCAACAGCAAGCAGUGACAAUGUAUAUAUGAGGUAGAGGCUUUUAGACACACUGUCUACUUAAAGUAGCAGCAGCCAUUAUUAGUAGCUGAUAGUGACUCCAAUGUUACAAAGAAAUCGUAGCCAUCAGUGACAUUAUUAUACACAUAUAAUAGCAGUUACAAUGACAGGCAGUGACACUUUGUAAAAAGAUAAAAGCAAUGACACUAUAAAAAACACAAUGUCUUUAGUAGACUGUGACAUUAAAGAGUUACCAUGGUAUAAACAACUGGCUAUAUUACUUAAUUCUACUAUUUCAACUUAGCUGAAGAUUCUAUAUUCUAUCUUUCUAAAGUUUGCUUGGCAUCCAGUAAUUUUUUUUUCCUUGUCGAAUAGCUCGAUCUUCACAUUAAUAAAUAGGGAAAACGGUUUUUCUUUAAAUUAUGAGCUGCAUCGGCUAAAUCUCGGCUAAAAUGCUUAUUCUCGAUUCUGUGAGAAUUCUUCUUCUUUAUUGAAUUAGAUGCAAACUCUGAUAUCUCUAAGUAUCCCUUGCAAUAUAGAGAAUAUCAGCAUAGCCAGCCACCUGGCUGUUUAUAUGGUGUAAGCGCCUCUUUACUGCUGGCUACCAGUUAUGGGAGUGGCGAUCCAGUCCAUAUAGCGGAAGAUUGCUUUUCCUAUAGCCUCGCGUUUGCAUAAUAAAAGUAUAAAGAUUUCUAAAAAAAAACAAAAACGUUGUGUGUGCUUUUCAUUCCAAUUUCAGAAUUAAGUGUUUUCUAUUAUAAGGAAAAUAUUCCAUAUAUUAUAUCUGAAUUGCCUGCCUCAUAGUUUGUGUGCAAAUGAGCACUUAACACUUUCAUGGCAGAAGGCUUAUUAGGAAGGUGAUAAUGUCUUAUUAUUUAUAUAUGCCCCUGUUAGUCACAUAUACUAAGUAUGUAUGCCUACAAGUGUUUAGCAAAAUCCAAUGAUCUUUAAUGCAACAAGUGCAUUCUCAAUGAUCUAUUGUAUAUUCUAUAAUUCUCCCCUAAUACUAUAAAGAGAUUACACAUAUCGUGCAGAUAUGCGCCCUCCUUGAAUCAACAAACAUUAUUUCCCAUGGUAUUUCCUCAAUAGAUGUGUUUUGUCAUAUGUAUGUUUUAGUGCUAAUUUAUCCAUGACAGGAGUCUGGCUGUAACUGCAACCCAGCCUGCCAAAGUGCUUUAAUCUAGACUAGACUAGCAUGGAGUCUGAGUUUAUCAUAGAAUGCCAAUUCUGACAAUUUGUCUGUAACGUUUAUGUAAUCUGUUUUUCAGUGCGUUUUUUUCCUGUGGGAAUUGUGUGAGUUGGGGCUGACAGUGAUACUCUCACUCUGUCAUUGGAGCUGGAGUAAUCUUAUCAAUGUGGCCAUUUAUUUUACACACAUUUUUUUUUUUUUUGUCAAAUGCAUUAUAUACUUAUGAAAUCUCUCUCUCUCUCUCUCUCUCUCUCUCUCUCUCUCUCUCUCUCUCUCUCUCUCUCUCUCUUUCUCAUCCAUAGGUGUAGGAAGCAUUUAUUGGAGGAUGAGGAGCCCCACAUCCCAGAAAAAUCUAGUGGAGGGGAUGAAAGGAGUAAGUCCCCCUGCCCCUCCUCCCCCCACCCUCGUCGUGAUGGCAACUUUUUUUUAAAGUCGUCGACGUAGCUAUUCAAAUUACAUUUCUACACGACAAAGCAAAAAUACCAACAGAAAGACUUGAACAACAGUUUUUUUUGUGAGAAAAAUAUAUAUAUAUAUAUAUAUAUUAAAAUAUAUGUAUAUAUAUAUUUAUAUAUAUACAUUUUUAUUAUUAUUAUUAUAGAUUAAACGGUAGGGUCACAUAGCCUUUUAAAAGGCUGGUCUCCAAGAUUUUAAUGGGUUCCUACAGCAAUGCUAGCAACCCCCUCACUAUGCUUCACCACCCCCUCAUUAUGAGCGCAUUAUGAAAAAAAGAGAUCUCCACAUCCACAACCCCACUCCUCACUAGUUGCACCUAGAGAAUGCCACUUUAGGAAGUCCCUCUGCACUAUUCUCUACAUGUAGGUUGGGGGCAGGGUUAAUAAAGUCAAGUCACUACAAUUUAGACUUAUCACAGGCUAGUUUCCAUAAAAUAAAUAUAUUAUGGGAUGUGGCAGAGACAGCAGCAAUUACUUCUUGGUUCAAUAAGGUCGCUUAGUAAAGGUAAAUAUAAAGUAUCACUGGCUUCUAAAUUUCUAUUGGAUCCAAAGUUAUAUGAAGGUAACUCUUUAUUUUUUAAAAAUACUCAAUUUUCCUCACUGAAUACAUAAAUGGAGUCUGACUUCAAAUUGUGAUGUUAUAGUUAAUUAAUUGGCCAAGAGGUUGCUUGGCCCUCAGUCCAUUAAACAUACUUUGUACUACUUAUCAAGUAGAUGCUCGCCCACCCUGUAAAUAAGUGUAAUACCAUCAGUGCAUGCCUUUACUCUUUGUACUAAUAAUUUCAAUAUCCCCAUGCAGUUACGUGAAGUGGCAGAGAUAUGUCCAUUAUCUAUGCCAUAAGUGUUGUAAAAAGAAAAAUAGUAAAAUAAGCCUCUAAAUUUUUUAUAUACUCAUAAAUUUAUGCAUGAUUGAGGUGUCUUUCAGAUGGACUCAAUCAUAUUAAAAUGACCUAAAGUUACAUUUUGUAGUCAACUAUCCUUCAAAGUCAGUUAAAAAUUACAUUUCAGUAAAUAGAGUUUCCAGUAAUAGAUCUUUAUUCAGUCAGCAGAACAAGUUGUUUUAAUAAUUUGAUUCCAUGUAAUUAUUAUCGGGGUACAAAUAAACAUAUGUUACAAAAUAUUAUAUGUGUAGCAAGUGAGAAUAUUUUUAUUAAUGUUUCUCCUGAUAGACAGACAUACAGACAGAGAGAUGGCAAUCUACUCGCACAGAGUACCUGAAUAUAUGUACAUUUAUUCUAAUUUCCUGCCAUAGAGAACAAGUGUCUUUUCAAUGUUAAAAAUGUUGAUAAUGAUGAAACAAUGGAAAUAAUAAUAUUACGUUUACACCUGCAUCAAAAUAAAUAAUUAUAAUUCAUAAUUUAAGCACAUUUUCAGGUAACAGUUUAUUAACAUUGUGUCACAUCUCUCACGGACAGCAGGAUGAUUUUGAGCAGAUACAGUAAUAUAAUUGUUCAUUUAGUCCUUGUUCUGAAAUGUUUACUAUAUAUCGAUUAACAAGGUACAAUGUCUUUAAGAACUGGUGAUAUAUGUCAGUGCUUUGUAGGACAUAGAGUGUUUUCAGAAAAUGUUUUAAUGUUGCAGCCUUAUGGUAAAAUUGUUUUAAUUAUUUUUUUACACUUAAUACCCCAUAAUGACAAAGCAAACAAUAGAUUUUUUAACAAAUAUAUUAAACAGAAAGAAACUGAAAUAUCACGUCGACAUAUGUAUUCAGAACCUUAACUCUGUACUUAAAUGACCUAUGGCAGGGAUUUAGACUUUUUGGGUAAGAUGCAACAAGCUUUGCACACCUGGGUUUGGAUAGUUUCUGCCUUGCAUUUCUUCAUAUCUUCUCAAGCUUUGUCAGGUUGGAUGGGAACCCUCCAUGGACAGCCAUUUGCAGAUCUCCCCAUGGGUAUUUGAUUAAAGGUAUACUCAUAGGCGUGCGCAGCCUAUUGCAUUAGGGUGUGCACCCUAAAGCACAAACACACGCCGCACGCGUGUGUGUGUGUGUGUAUAUAUAUAUAUAUAUAUAUAUAUAUAUAUAUACAUAUAUAUAUACAUAUAUAUAUAUUCACAGACACACACACUCACACUCACAGAAACACACACAUACUCACACACUCACAGACACACACACACUCACUGACACACACACACUGACACAUACUCACACACUCACUGACACACACACUCACAGACACAUACUCACACACUCACAGACACACACUCACAGACUCACACACACAUACUCACACUCACAGACACACACUGACACACACACUGACACAUACUCACACACUCACAGACACAUACUCACACACUCACAGACACAUACUCACACACUCACAGACACACACUGACACACACUGACACACACACACUCACACACUGACACAUACUCACACACUCACUGACACACACUCACAGACACAUACUCACACACUCACAGACACACACACAGACACACACUCACAGACACACACUCACACACACAUACUCACACACUCUCAGACACACACACUCACUGACACACACUGACACAUACUCACACACUCACAGACACACACACAAAUUAUUAUAUUUUAAUUUUUUUUUUAAAUGUCCACCCAGCCUCCUACCUGGAGUGCUGGUGGACUUGUCCCUGGGGUCCAGUGGGGGCGGGCGCCUCUCUGCAGGUCAGCGCGCGGCGAGGGAGCUCUCUGCUCUCUGCUCCCUCUCGCCGCGCGGGCUGUCUGCUGGAGCUGGGAGCCGGAAUAUGACGUCAUAUUCCGGCUCCCGGCAUCAGCGCGCGGCGAGAGGAAGCAGAGAGCAGAGAGCUCCCUCGCCGCGCGCUGACCUGCAGAGAGGGGGUUAUCCAUCACCUCUUGCCCUCCCCAUGACAAGGGCAAGAGGUGAAACAGGGGACACUGAGUGCCUGCAGGAACAGCGUUCCUGCUCAAAAGAGUGCAGGAACGCUGUUCCUGCAGGACUCAAACCAUAGGGGUGCGCACAGGGAUUAGGGUGUGCCCAGGCACACCCGGCACACCCCGUGCGCACGCCUAUGGGUAUACUAUAGGCACCCAGACCGCUUCAUCUCAUUGCCCCAGUGUCUGAGUCCCACUUAGUCCUGCAAUGUAAAACAUUUUGUUUACAUUGCAGGACUAAGACAGCCUCUAGUGACUGUCUGCCUUACACUGUCUGCCUUACACUAGAGGCGAUUCCGGGAGUUUAUUGGACGCUAGGUCGCCUUACUAACGCUGGGUGUCCUCACGCUCUGCAUGAGGACAUCCAGCUUCAGUAAAAUCACCAUAGGAAAGCACUGAGGCAAUGCUUUCCUAUGGGGAGGGCCAAAUGCUCUUGUGACAUUUGCCGCACAAGUGCAUUAGGUCCCCCUGUUGGAGAAGGCACUUUGGUGGUGGAAUCAAGUGUGUAAAUCAAUGCUUUAUAACCCUUUAUGAGCUGCAAAGGGUGGCUGCAAGGGAGGGGGAAUAAUAGGACUCUAUAGUGUUAGGAAUACAAUUUUAUAUUCUUAACACAAUAGAACCCCUUUAAGUAUUGGCUCUGACUGGGCAAAUCAAAGACAUUCACAGGGAUGUAACAAGGUUCAUUUAUAAAACUGACAAUAUAUAGUGAUACCUUUUGUGUCACUAUACCCAACUCCCUCUAGCAUGUAAGCUCAUUGAGCAGGUCCCUCAACCCCACUGUUCUUGUGCUUCCACUUGUCUGGUUACAAUUACAUGUCUUUUAGUCCACCCAUUGUACAGCACUAUGAAAUUUGCUGGUGCUAUAUAAAUAAUAAAAUAAUAAUAAUCACUAAACAUAUAUUUACUACAAACUGAUACAACUUGCUAACAUAAAUGUACAUGGAUCCAUUCCAAUUAAUAUCAGUUAAUACAACUUAACACAAAGUAACACAAAUUAACAUAAAUUAACAUUGUCUCGCAUGGGUAGGCAUUGUUUUAACUGUGUGUUGGAAGAUGAACCUUCAGUCCAGUCUGAUGUCCUUAGCGCUCUGGACCAAGUUUGCAUUAAGGAUAACCACAAAAUACCCUGUGUGUAUAAAAGCGCUUAAGCUCUUAUAUACAAACACAAUUUAAAAGUAAAAACACGCUACUACACUAAGGUGGGUAUCCCUCUUACCUACCACAACAUAAGACAAAGAUCAAAAAAAGAAGAUGUACAAUCACCAACCUAAAAAGUGGAGUGUGUAAGGUGUAUAUCUGUAAACACCUACCCUAAUCGGGAACUGGAGCUAUAUAUUCCUGUUCCUGAUAAGGGUAGAUGUUUGCAGAUAUACACCUUACACUCUGCACUUUUUAGUAGACACGUGCAAUUCGUUUCGUUCCAAAUGUAAAUUAGGACGAAUUUCGGCAAUUCGGACAUUCGGAUGCUUCCGAAUGUGCGAAUUGCAGAAGUGCCGACUUUCAGAGGUGCCGAAACUAAUCGGGUUGCCGAAGUGCUGAAUUUUGUAAGUGCCGAAGUGCUUCGGAUUUCUGAAAAGUGGCAAAACAAGAGAGGGAGGGAAAAUUACGUGAAUGAUGACAGGAAUCUAGACCAAUAAGCUAAUUCCUGGCACUGGGAGCCCUAUAGAUGUGUAAGUGGUUGUGGUGGCAGUCCGGGCACCUAACCCUACCCCUAACCCUACCGCUACCACUACCCUGUAUGUGUAAGUGGUUGUGGAGGUAGAGGUAGGGUUAGGGGUAGGAGUAGGGUUAGAGUUAGAAAGCCCUACAGAUUUGUAAGUGGUUGUGGUGGCAAGAGAGGGAUGUUUACGAAAGUCCAAAGUGCCAAAGUCCCGAAGUCCAGAAUUUCGGAAGAGCCGAACCGAAGUCCCGAAUUGCUGAAGUCCCGAAUUUCGGAAGUGCCGAACUGAACCAAAUUUUUUUGCACAUGCACUUCCCUACUUUUUAGGUUGGUGAUUGUACGUCUUCCUUUUUUGGUCUUUCAUUAAAGAUAUCUCUGUUUCUGUAUCUCUGUUUGUUUAUGUAUUUAUUUAUUUAGUUAUAUGUAUUUAUGUAUCUCUGCUGAAUUCAGCCUUCACUCAACCCUGACAAUAUUCCAGUCCCUACUUCAUUGUUAGGAGGGUAUUGCCCAAGUGAUGAUUGGUAUGUGGUUUCCUCCAUGACUCUGUGAAUUAUGGCCAAACAGUCAAAUCUACAUUUUAUCAGACUAUAGACUCUUGUUUCACACUGUCUAAGUGUCCUUUAUGUGAAUUUUUUUGCAAUUUCCAAGUGGACUUUCACAUGUCUUGCAGUAAGAAGGGGUUUCUGUUUGGCUAGUCUUCCAUGAAUGCCAGAUCAGUGGGAUGUUGCAAGAAUGGUUGACCUGCCACAAGUUUCUCUCAACUUCACAUGUGAUCUGUGGAGCUCACCCAGAGUGAUCAAGGUCCUCAGGUGUUCAUUUUUUGCAAAAGGACAGCUCUACGAAGUGUCCUUACAUUUAAAAUUUAUUGAGGACAGUGCUCUUCUGAACUUUCAAUGUAGACAACUGUUUUUGUAGACUUCCCCAGAUGUGUACCUGAGUGCAAUCCUGUAAUUCCAACAACUGUAGUGCAAGUCUGGAAUGUGAAAAAAGGUCAGAAUACUCUAUGAAAGCUCUGUAUGUCAUGAUAAUUUGAUAUUUGGUAGAGUACAACUACAGUGCCCUCCCUGAAUAUUGGCACCAUGGUAAAUAUGAGCAAAUAAUGCUGUAAAAAUGUUCCUUAUUGUUUAACCUUUUUAUCUUUUGUUCAGAUAAAUACACAAAAAUACUCUGCUCUCAUGGAUAUCAAACAAUUGCAAAGACAACACAGGUUUAUAAAAAAAAUAUUUGUUAAAUAUAUGUGUGGCACAAUUAUUGGCUCCCUGUUAGUCAAUACUUUGUGCCAACUCCCUUUGCCAAGAUAAUAGCUCUGAAUCUUCUCCUAUCAUGCCUGAUGAGGAUAGAUAAUACAUUGCAAGGUAUCUCAAAACAUUCCUCCAUGCAGAAUCUCUCCAGAUCCUUCAAAUUUCGGUUAAGAGGACAGGGACACUGCACCCAGGCCACUUAAAUGAGAUUAAGUGGUCUGGGUGCCUAUAGUGUCUUUAUGUGCUGUGUAACUGCUUUGCAUGAGGAUGUCCAGCAUCUUAAAUUACCCCAAAGGAAAGCAUUGAUUUAAUGCUUUCCUCUGUCAACCUUGGUGGUGGACGAGCCCGAUCCAGCGCCUUCAGACCUUGGCACUGGAAUCAGGUAAGUGAAAAAAAGGUUUUUUUACCCCUUUAUUUGCCAGCAGACACAAUACUGUUCCUUUAAGUUUUCAAAUAUAUAAUUUGGACAAAUUUCACAUUUUAGAGCAGAUUAGCCAACUAACAAUUCUAAUAACCCCCAGAAGGUUAUUCCAUUUGGUAAAAUGGACAACCCUGGGUCUCAGGUAUUUAGGUAUUUUGAGCCUUUUUAUUAGAUAAUUUGUUGCAAAUGUUUGACUCUGGCUGACUUUUAUUGUGUGAAUCUCAUAAGCUUUAUUCUUGCUACUGAAGUAAAUAUUCCAAAACCAUGUUCAGCUACAUAUCUUAAGUAUAUUUAUAACUAUGCGCAUACUUUAGAUUUGGUAUUCUGAGCCUGUGUCAUUUGGGGAAAUUUAUUUGCCUAAAAAUUUCUCCCAAAAAAGCCAAACCAUUUGUAAAAUAAGGAUAUUUCACAUUUGGGUUCUGGUGUCCUUUUGUCCAUCCACUUAUCAGUGCCAUAUCCACUUAGGGUUUCACCCAGUUAUUAAUGCCAUAUCCACUUAUCGUUUCAUGGAUCAAUAAUCAUUUUAAAUGAUUACAAAUUGAAAUUCCACAAUAAGUAAUUUCAUUUAGAAGCAACAAUUUUCCCUAUUUAUUUGUAAACUAUUUUGGCCUUCUUAGUAACAGGGAAGUGUGCAAUGGCACUCAACAAGUUAAACGAGAAUUCAAAAUUAUGCAAUUUUAAAUUUGUACUGUAUUGCAAUAGAAUACGUUUAACAUUUAUUUCUAAAGAAAGUCAAAUCACUACAAUUUAGACUGAUUACAGGUUAGUUUCCAUAUAUAUUGUGCAAUAGAGACUGCAGCAAUUACUGCUUUGUUUAAUAAGGUCACUUAUCAAAGGUCAAUAUCAUAAAGUAUUGUUUGACAGACAAAUACUUAAUUACAAGUUCACUAAUCACUAAAUCUGACAUGGCUCUGUUUUACAAAAAGCAGAACUGGGUACAUUUAUAUAUCUUUGUUUAUUUUUUAAAAAGAAAAUUGGAAGCAAAUGUGUGAAAACAAUUUCAUGUCUCUUGACAAAUUACAGAACUAAUUUGAAUGUAAAUUCUUGAAUACUAAUCUAAAAAUUGUUUUGUACAAGAAUAUUUUAGCCGAAGUCAAAUGCAAACUGAAAAUGCAGAAGCAAUCUGGAGUUAUAUUACUGAAAUAAUUCUAUAGAUUUGAAGUUGCAGGCAUGAAAACUAUUUAAAAAGACAAAAAAGGGUGGUAUUAAAAAUAAAUGAAAUUAAUAUGUGUAGCUAUCAAACAGAUUGGGAAAUUAUCAAAAUAAACCUGCGAGAAUCAUAAAAGAGAAAUGUAAACAUUUAUAAAAAAAUUAAAUAUAUUUUAUAGAUAAGAUAUUUUUGGGAAGAGAGAAGAUGAAGUGAUACUUGAUUUAAUAGAAGAGAUUGAUUCUAAAUGUUUGUUUACCUGUUUAUUUGGGUCCACACAUCCCUGUGGUACUGAUUACAGCAGUAAUGGAUGGAUGGAGUUUUAGGACAACUUUAUCUAAAUGGAAACCAAAAUAUGGCUCUGAAUGGGUAUGAGUUUGCAAUAUUAACUUCAAAGGUUUAAAAUGGGAUUUACAACCUUUUGAUAAGUCCCAAGGAGGGACAAUCUCUCUGGUAAAAGAAGGUAGAUCAGAAACAGCUUUGAUGAACCUCAAGAUUAAUUCAUUUGAUGCCAGAUUCUUUAUGGAGAGUAAACUUGUAACAGAGACUUUCACCUUUUAAAGUUGAGGUAGUCCAUUAGAGAAACUUAACUGAAAAAAUUUACAAUUCCUGGAAUGGCCAGAAGGCCAUUGAUAAUUUUCAGACAGAACAUUUUGAAAACAAAACAUACACCAGAUUGAAAUCUUAUUUUAUGGCUAUAAAAUCCAGAAAGUCUGUUAAGUCUUGAGGAAAUCAGGUCUGUGUCUGAUUGCCCGAAUCAUUUCAUUAUAUUUUGAAAAAUAUUUUGGGAAUGAGACUAUUCCUCAUGUGUGAUGCGGGAUGUUCCCUGUGAUCACUGAAACCACCAGAGUUUUCCUUUCCUUUUAUGCAAACUGCUGAACGAGAUAAAAUAUAGUGUUAUGUCCAAUGCAUGAUGUAACUGCACAGAUAAGUGAGUGAGGAUGAUUCAGUUCCACCUGGUAUGUGCAAUAGUUGCUGCAUUGUCUGAUCUGAUUUGUAUAUUUUGACCUUCUUUACUCCUCUCAAUAUGUUUGAGAGCCAUAGACUCUGCCUUCAGUUCUUUAAAAUUUAGGAUUUUCUGUCAUCUACUAAUAUGUACCAAUGAUGUUUUAUAGUUUGUUGGUCCACGUGAGCACCCCAGUCUGAAGCUGCAGCAUCUGUUAUAAUUAUCUGCCACUUUUUGAUCCUGAACAAAAAUAUCCCGAUGUAGAAAAGAGGGGGUUACUACCAGUUAAAACUCAGAAUUGUGGAUUCCCACAAAGGCGUCUCUACGGUCACACUGAUAGGAUUCUUGUCUAAAGGAAUCUAAUUCUUGCUUUUGCCCAGUUGAUCACUGAGAAAGAAGAAGUCAGAAGUCCAAAUGUUCUUGUGGUAUCUCUGAUUAUAAAGAUAUUAUUCUUUCUCAAAGCGAUUAAUGUGUUCACUAAUUGUUUCAGCUUUUCCAUUGGCAUUUUCAUUGCCACUGAAUCCUGGGACAUGAGCCAUAUUGAAUAGAUCAGCUGAGACUUCUUUUCUUAAUUGAUCCAUGGUCUUGCAAACAUUCUGUGAUUUGAUAUCUUGUGUGAGAUGGCUCACACAAGAUAUCAAAGGACUCUAUAGAAAUGCUAGAGGACACUAUAAAAGCAAAUUUUGUGGCAUGGGACAAUAAGGAGGCUUCUCCUUCUUAGCACAGUCGUGAAGACUACCUAUAACUUUUUAAAGACUCUCAGUGCUGAGGAUAGGCCAAACGGAAGUGCUUGGAAUUAGAAGUGUCGACAGCAGCUUUGUUGGAGAACACAAAAACUGAGAAAUUGCCUGCUUUCUAGAUGAAUAAGAAGGUGGAGAUAAACAUCCUUUAAGUCUAAGAAUAUCAUUCAAUCUCGCUGUUGCAGAAUCUGGGUAGCUAAGAGAAUUGUCUUCAUCCAAAACUAUUUUUCACCACAUGUUGAUUAACUUUUUUUAAAUCCAGAAUUGGUCUGUAGGUCUUGUCUGAUUCCUGUACCAAAAUAUCCUUGAAUAAGUGCCUUUGUAUCGUAUAUCUGUUAUAAGCCCUUCAUCUACCACUCUUUUCAUUAAUAGCUUCUGAACUUCCUGAAACAAAAACAGAACCUUCCUGA